AUGAAAUGGCUCAUGAACAGAUUGUAUAUUUUAUACAACGAGACGAUCCCUCCAGUGCAGAUCGAGAUUGUACCCGCUGGCGAAGAGGGUCCCCGAAAUCUCGAUAGGUCGACCAUAAUGGGCAUCUCUGUCGGCGAUAGGGGCUCCGCCGUCGUUCCGUUUCUUUCCGUCACGGAAUUUCUAAGGAAACCGUCUAGUCGACGAGAUCCCUGCGACGCACAUGAUAUCCUCUUCAUUCUCUCUGGCUAUUGGGAGUCGAUCGACCUCAACCGCAUCGUGGAACAGGACAUGGACGCCUUUGUCAAGCACAAUCCAGAAGCCAAGCGUGUCUGGAAGGCUAUCAAAAGACGAUACACAUCUUGA